AGAUGACGGCACUGUAGAAUUCUUCGAGAAUUGAGCACAUGUUUAAGAAUUCUUCAAAUUUUUUUUUUCAAAAAUAUUAAUUCGCGAUUUUAAGAUCAAUGUCACAAUUGAAAAGUAUUGAUCUUGGUUUUGCUGAACCAUUCACCGAUAAAUGGCUUUCAAAAUCGAAAUAUUUUCCAUCAAAAAUCGGUGGCAAUCCAUCAUUUUUAGUAUUGAAUCCUAUUCUUGGUUAUGAUCAAUUACAUUGUCAAAAAUGUCAAAGAACAAUGCGUUUCAUUUUACAAUUGUAUGCCCCAAUCGAAUCGAAUGAAGAGGCAUUUCAUCGACAUUUAUUUGUAUUCGGUUGUGGUCGUCAAGAACAAUGUGCAAAUCAAUUUCUUGUCUUUCGAUGUCAGCUACCACGGAUAAAUCAAUUCUAUUCAAGUGAUCCGCCCGAUUAUGACCAAGAUCGUGUAGAUUAUGAUCCUAAUCCAGUUAAAUUUUGUCAAUCAUUAUGUCCGAUUUGUGGAAUACAUGCGAUCAAACGUUGUUCACAGUGCCUAAAAGUUUCUUAUUGUUCACGAGAGCAUCAGAUUGCACAUUGGAAAAAAGGCGACCAUAAAAAUAAAUGUCAACAAAACGAUCAAGAAACGAAUGAUUCAGAUGUAAGAUAUGAAGAUAUUGUUUUUCCAGAAUACGAAAUAAUUAUUGAGGAAACCUGUGAAACGGAAAAGCAACCCGAUGAACAAGACGAUAUUAGAGAGGAGAUGGAAAUGAAAAAAUAUCAAGAAUAUCUUCUCCAAAAUCAACCAUCUUGUCAAAAUGAGAAUAUUGAACAAUAUUUGCCUGAAAAUGAAUGCAAUGAACAGGAACAACAAACUUUCGAUCGUUUUCGACAAGCUAUACGUCGUGAUGAAGUUAUUCGAUAUAAUUCUGAUUGGCAACAACAAAAAACCGAAUUAAUGGAUCGUAUUCUAUGGAUUUCGAAUAGUAACCGCAUUACGGAUGUACCGAAAUGUGAAAAUUGUGGCUCAAAACGACGAUUCGAAUUUCAAAUUAUGCCCAACCUGUUGAAUAAAAUUCAAUUAUCCAAAAAUGAUCAUAUGGAUUGGGGAACAUUGCUUGUGUUUACUUGUGCUGAGAGUUGCACGAAAAAUAAUCCAAAUGAUGUCCUAGAUUUCUAUCAACCAGAAUACAUUUAUAAUCAAACAAUUAGUUAGAUAUAGCGACUUCUGCUGUUGGAAUUUUGGCAAUCAUAAACGGUUCCCAUGGUGACCAGAAUAAUGGACUUGUUUUUUUUCUAAUGUUUACAAAAGUUUUCGCUUCAAACAAAAUUUUAUUUGUAAUUUAUUUCAAGAACAA